AAUCUGACUUCCAGCCAUCAAAUCUAAUGACUUUUAAAAAUUUCCAGAGAUCCUGAGAUUAAUGGCUCUGCAAACACUGCAACCAACAACUACUGACAGUGGCGUUUCGGAUGGGGUGUAGAGAGUGAGGGAUCCUUGUUGAUGGUUGAUUGGAGAGCAGGCGGCGAAGGAUGCGUCGAGAAAUUUCGAUUUUGCUUCAGCCACGAUGGAUUCUUCCCAUUCUCAUGGCCACUAUUUUACUCAUUCUUUUCCUGUCCGUUUACCCUAGGGGGGAAGAGACGGCAGAAGAGGUGCCCGAAAUUACUCACAGAGUGUUUUUGGAUAUCGAUAUCGAUGAACAACAUAUAGGUAGAAUAGUUAUUGGUCUGUAUGGCAAUGUUGUACCAAAAACUGCUGAAAACUUCCGGGCUUUGUGCACAGGGGAGAAGGGCAAAGGUGCCAGUGGAAAAAAGCUUCAUUAUAAGGGGACACCAUUUCAUCGUAUAAUAUCCGGAUUCAUGAUCCAGGGUGGAGAUACUGUCCAUGGCGAUGGGAGAGGGAGUGAGUCUAUAUAUGGUGGCACAUUUCGAGAUGAGAAUUUCAGGAUAAAACAUUCACAUGCAGGUGUUGUUUCCAUGGUGAAUUCAGGACCUGAUUCUAAUGGCUCUCAGUUUUUCAUCACCACAGUCAAGGCUAGCUGGUUGGAUGGGGAGCAUGUUGUAUUGGGCAAGGUUAUUCAAGGCAUGGACAUUGUCUACACAAUAGAAGGUGGAGCUGGAACCUACAAUGGAAAACCCAGGAAGAAGGUCAUUAUCUCAGACUCGGGCGAGAUACCCAAGAGCGAUUGGGAAGAAGAAAGCUGAUGCUCAUCAAAUGCUCUCUUGGGUCUGCAAUAGAUCAAGUUUUCAGAAUUUUUGGUGAUUGUUUUGCAUUUUGUUCCUCUGUAUCAUGUUGAUGAAACAAUGCUGAUCAUCAUUUAUUGUGAUCAUGAACUCAGGGAUUAGUGUCUUAGACAUUUUGUAUAUAUGUGUAUUUUUUAAAAAAAUUUUGAUUGUGACUAACACAAUGUAGAGGAAUGAAAGAAAAUGAUUCUAUUUUGGAAGCAAUUGUGUAAGGACAAAAGCUAGAGGGAAUGUAGAAGUUUUGGACAUGGUUUUCUUUUAUGGACCUACAUGGAAAACUUUGAGCUUUUGA